GGUGGGGGGAUGCGUGGAAGACGUUCAUUGGCCAGCUAGAAAGCAGCCCUGGUGCACUGGGAUAAUGACAGAAACAAGUCGCCAGUGCUUAGAUCUGCGGUAACUUUGAGCGCGAUCAUGAGAGGUGAUGGGCAGCCCUUCAGCCUCGCGUUUCGAGGGUUGGUUCCCUGCUUCAGGCAGCGUGGGCCAGUGGCUAGCGCAGAGGACGGGGGAUCCAGAGUUCUGGGCCCAGCUCUGCUGUGUGACCCUUGGGAAAUCGGUGACUUUCCCUGUGCCUGGUUUCCCCACCUCUAACCCAGGCCCCGUCUUUUGGGUAAAGUGCUUGUGCUCUUGCUGCGACAGUGAUACCUGUGGCUGGUUAUGAAUCUGCACAGCCAGGGGACAGAGGGCUCCCGUGCACCUUGGCUGGCGUUCUGGUGCUGGAGGCCCUGAAGAGGGUGGAUCAAAUUCGCACCUGCUUUUUCCAAAAGUCUGUCUCUGGGGGAUCACUGAACGCUCUGGAACUGCCGCCCGUACACCCAGGCUGCGUUUGGCCCCUUGGCUCCUGCUCUUUUAAACGAAGCAAAGAACGAAGAAGCCCUGAGCCUGUGAAACGAACCAGCCAGCAACUCGGCGAGGAAGCCGGUUCCACCGCACCUGGCAGCGAAUCUCUCUUGCGUGAACCCCUGCCCGUGGCGUGUGCUCGCCGUGGCCGCACUGACGCUCCGGCGCCUUUCUGCCCACCUCCCACGCCUGGCUGGUGUUGACGAUGGCGAGAGGCAGCUCGCAAAUAGCCGUCCCCUAAAGGGUGUGAAGCCCUGGGGUGCGGGGAGCAGCAGCAUCAGACCUUUCUCAUUAAUCAUUUAGUAAAACAGAGCCUGUGUAAGUGGGGGGUGGUCGCACUAUUGGGGGGGACUUUGCUGGCUUAUGCACUGUCCCGGUGAAGUGGGACGGCAAAAGGAUCUGAGUCCUCGCUCCCACUUCCUUUACCCAGAGCCCUGCCUGACCUCAGGGCUCCCCUUCCACUCUCCUGUGGCAGAGUCCUCGGAACCCCAACAAGGCUGGCAGCUGGCCACCCAAACACCCCCACUGAGCCUUAGCGAGGGGCCAGCAGUCCACUUCCACCUGCACUGCCCCUGCCGGCUGGGAGCACCGAGCCUGCCUGGCCCGGGCUCACCAAAGGGCCUUAAAAGCAGCGGUGACGGCCACUUGCGAGUCCCACCUACUGCAGAUGGGGCCCCACCCUUCCCCCGCCGACAGAGGGGUAACCCCGGGGCCAGGGACUGCGCACGAGUCCAGUGCAUCCUGCAGUUCUCCGGCCCCUGGUGCUCCUGCUGCAAGGCGGCGUAAACCGCACAUGCCUCCAGCAGGAUUCUGAUCCCCCGGCCCAGGCCCUCUCCAGCUGGGAGCGGGACCCAGUUACAUGGAGGCAGAGGAAAGUUGCCCUGGGCUUUGCUUGGGGGGGUAGAGAAGGGUGCAAGGGAUUCUUCCAGAUCCGGGCAGGCACCUGGCAUCCACAGGCCGCAGCAUCCCUUUUUGCCCCGGUAUUUGUCUCCAGCAGGGUCACCACCUUUUCGGGGUGGAGGGGAGGAAGGCUGCCACCCCCACGGGGGAGGGGGAUUUCUCCAGGAGUAGGUGGGUUUCUGUGCCCCAGACAGUUCUUGCUCUGCUGAGCCUGAGUGUACCGGCCGGCCGGUAAGCACCGACUGGCCUGUCUGCUAAAGCAGCCCUAUUUCCACGGGAUCUGAGCAGCUCCCCCCACGAGGUACUGGGAGAGGUGACAGCCCUGCCUUGCACCCUAAUCCCCCAGCCUUCCCGGACAGGGUCAUCGUAUUCCUGGGCUGGGCCUGGCGUGUAUUUACAGCCAUUACGGACCACGGGUUUGCUUUCUGCUAGGAAGGAAACAGACCCGCUUUCAUUGCCCAGUAACCCCAAGCGAUGCAGAGAAGAGCCUCCUUUUUAGCAAGGCUGCGUCCCCCCCUUGCUUAAGGCUGUGAGCCCUGGUGAAGGGGGGAUCUCACAUGAUCGGGGCUUAUGACUUGCUUUUUUCUUAAAUUUAGAACACACUGAACGUCCCACUCACUCUUCUUCAGAGCCGUUUCCUUGCAGGAGAAAAGGAUCUGCUGCCCCUUCAAGAGACUUGUGCUGCUGUUCCUCUGGGUUUAAUUAAUAUGGAUGUUUGGCACCAAAUCUGCUGCUGCUCCUGUGCACAAGAAGAGCCAGAGAACAAUCCACUCCUCAGGUAUUUAUUAAUGUCGUUAGGGUAGUGAGACUGGCGCCCUGUUGGGUGAGGCACUGCACGAAGUGCGAGGCCGUCCCUUCGCUGUAGAAUGGGAUGCAAAAGGAAGCAUUAUUCGCCUCAGUUUAAAGUUGGGGAAACCGAGGCACGGAGCAAGGCCACGACAUGCGGUAUGUGUGGCUGAGCUCUGAGUGGAACUGAGUCCCAGGUCAGUGCUUUAAACCGUGUCCCUCCUUCCCCUCUGUUCCACAUCGGAGUGAAUUCCGUGUUUGUGUCCAGUGCUAUGGUAGCAGCCAUGGGAAGCAAAAUCCUUUGUCUUCACAGCAGGGUGAAUCAGCUACAGUCCACCCUUAACCCCAGCGCUGGGCUCUUAAAAAUCCCAUAUUGCUUUUCACAAGAGCAGAGAACUUUAGCCCAAGUUUUCUGGCUAAUCACAUUCUGUUUCACUUCCUGCCGUCGAGGCGUUCUCCCACGCGUGCCUGUGCUCAGCUGCUUGGAACAGCAUCCCUGCACGCUGGUCAGCAGCCGCCACGUUCCGCAGUGGGGUCAGCUGCAUUUCUGUGCCGUGAUCCCGGCACCAUGGCAGGCGUUCAUACAAGGCUGGAGAAAGAUGGGCUCAUGGCUGCAGGGCAGAUGCCUCUGAACCCCGCUUCCAAAUUGCCUUUGUUCCCCUUUCCUCUACAAGGAUGGGGGCUUCUUUGGUGGGGGGCUGAUGGGGACAGAGAGGGGCUCUCCAGCCAGGUCCUACAACCACUAGAUCGGGAUUUGCAGAAGGAGCGUUUCCACGGCUGCUACCAGUGAGCUGGGAUCUUCCUCCCCAGUCAAUGUUCCUAGAGCCCCCCCGACGCAUUCCCCACAAAGAUCUAAAGGGGAGGGCUGAAAUGCCCCUUUAAAAACAAACCCACCCGGCACCUGGGCAAGGAAGCCUUGGUCUGAAACUUCCCUGCUGCCCAUUUUGGUACCCGCCUCCCCCCACUCACCCCUUGCCCGUGACUGCGAGAUUCCUGCUGGCUCGACUGCCUCUUGCAGGUGGGGGCAUGAGCUCCCUUUCCCGGUUACCUGCCAGGACCCUGCAUUCUCCACCAGGCCGCAUGAGCCUGUGGGGGGCUUGAGGGGGUCCCCUUCCCCUGGAGCCACUGGCUCUGGGCUACCACUGGAGGAGGAUAUUGGAUGAGCAAUUGUUACAACCUGCAACAGCAGCUCCUCAGCACCCACCUGGCUUCCCCCACCCCCAGCCCUGCAGCGAGGGGCUUGGGAAGGGAGGGAUCCAUGACUGCUGUGUUGGGGGCCACCCCGAGGUGCCUGGGCAAAGCUGCCCCACUGCUUAGGAAAGUGGCCCCAUUUGCAUGGCAGUGUCUGGCCGAGCCAGCCAGUGCUGCCUGGGUGCCAGGCUGGGGCCAUGCCCCGCGCUCUCUCGCCCGGGCCCGCUCUCCUCUCGUUGCAGUGAGAUGCUCCGGUACUUCGAUCAGCUGGGGAAACGCAAACGGGCCCAGGCCACCAACCUGUGGAACGAGCCCGCGGACGACACCCACAUGGAGCGCGACGACGACCGCGAACUCUACAACCUGCUGCAGAAACGGGCCAGGCUGCGCCGGGGCUCGGAGGGCUACCGACGCCUGAGCUUCGACAUCAGCGCCCACCGCCAGAUCCGCCGCGAGGUGAAGGACCGAUGGAGGCAGAUCCUAGAGGUCCUGGGGUUCAGCGCCGAGGCAGACAGCUUGCUCGACAUCACCUCCACGGCCUCCUACAGCUCCCUGCGCCAGCCCCUGCAGGCCCGCCAGCUCCUCACCGCCCUGGCCGAGCAGACCAGCCUCUUCGACCGCCACUGCAGCCUGCCCGAGCGAUACCUCUUCGUCCUGGACCGGCUGCUCAUCCUGGACGCUGGCGAUGACUUCCUCUCCGCCGCCCGGCGCUACUACCCCCUGGAGGCCGAGGAGGGGCCCCCCAGCGAGGAGGAGCCCCCCAGCCCGGAGGCCGUGCUGGUGACGCUGAGCCCAGCGCCCCAAGGCGGGGAAGAGGAGACGGCUGCAGUGCUGGAUGAAGAGUCCUUGUUGGUCAAGCUGAUUGAGUGAGGCCUGCCCUCGGGGGCAGCCGGGUUAGGCUGAGCGCUGUCCCGGUGGGUCCUGCUGCUGCUGCUGGUGGGCACGGUGCUGAGCAGGGGGUCACGGCCCCCCCUCACUGCGCUGGGGCCUGUUGGCCGCCUGAAUCUGCUGGGUGCCCCCCUCUGCUGCCCUCUUACCCACCUGCAAAACCCCCUCCCCUCCCGCUGCCUGGCCUGCCUAGCCCCCACCCUUCCCCGGCUGGGCUUGGGGCCACCUGGCCCUUCCUGCAUUGUUGAGGGGGGGGGGGAGACAAGGCGCCGUCCUGUUGGGAAUGAGGGUCUGGCGGUGCCUGUCGUCUGGAACAGGCUGGGAUGUGCCUGCUCAGCCGGUGGAGUUGCUCCUGCCUGCUGUCCUCACUCCCAUGCAGCCACCUCUGGGGUGGAACGCAGCGGCUGCUUACUAGCAAUGCUACUCCCCGGUUACGGGGGAGUCCUAGACCACGUCUGUCAGUGAGGGCAUCUGCAAACCAUUCGGCUUUUCUACGAGCCUUGGCCCUGGGCUGCAGUGAUUCAUGCUGGGAUACCUGGGAGCUGGGCUGGAGACUUACAGCGGGAGGGGUCCCUGCAGCUCGGCCUGUUGCUGUUCAUCCUUUCCUGGGCGGGCUGGUUGUGUGUGAAUGUUCCCUGCCAAAGCCAGUUGGUGUGGGGGGGGGGAGGCGCCCCCCAUGGCUCACUGGUGUAUUGACAAUGGACCGAACCUGGGGGGAGGUGCUGUCAUUCUAGUGUAAUGAAGGUCAGUCACAGAAGCAGGGUGUGGGGGGUUGUGGAGCAGUUCACCCCCCCCCCUCCAUCUUUUAUCAUCGACUUCCCUGCAGUGGGUUUCUGCCUCAAUUUCUCAGCAUGGUUCGUAGAUGGAGAGAGACGUCUCUCAUCGAGCUGGCAGGGAGCCUGGAAGGUCAGCGAGUCCAGCCCCCUGCCUUCACUAGCAGGACCAAUUUUUGCCCCAGAUCCCUAAGUGGCCUCCUCAAGGAUUGAACUCACAACCCUGGGUUUAGGAGGCCAAUGCUCAAACCACUGAGCUGUUCCCCCCCCUCCCCCUUCAGAGAAAUGAUGUGGCUUUUCUGACACCAAUCCAAUCCCCCACUCCCUGCCACAACCCGGCUCCAGCCCCCCCCCCCCAUUCCAGACCUGAGCCGUGCAGCAUUGCAGCACACCCCGCAACACGGAGCUGCAGCCGUCCACCUGUUGGUUUAUUUCAGCCACCUGGUGUGUGUACGUACAGUGCCUGGCAUGGCGGUUGGGGGGGGGGGGGCUGAGACUGGGUGUGGGGUGUGUGUGUGUUAGGGUGACCAGACAGCAACUGUGAAAAAUCAGCACGGGGAGUGGGAGGUAAUAGGAGCCUAUAUAAGACAAAGACCAAAAAUUGGGACUGUCCCUAUAAAAUCAGGACAUUUGGUCACCCUAGUGUGUGUAUGUCCAGUGCCUGGCACGGGAGGGAGGGCCCUGAUCCCUGACCAGUGCCUCUGGCCCUUACCCCGGUUCUAGCUAAUGACUCAGUAGAGCGGGGGAUGAAGACGGUGCCGUUCCCCUUCCCCUGCAGCCCAGCACGGGGCAGCAGAGGGGCGGCUGUGGCCGGCGUUGCUGCUGCAGGGCUGGCUCAUGUGUCACCCCCAAGCUGGGGGAUUUAGGAGGCGUCUAGCUUUGUGCUAGUUCAAAGCGCACACGCACCCUGGCUUUGGCAGCGGGCCCCGGGAAGCAGUGAACAAGUCUCUGAUUAGGCUGUUUACCCGACCCCUCCCUGUCCAUCUUCCUCCCUUCGCUGCCCGGGCGCCCAGGCCAGGCUGGAGCUUUGCGUGGGGCGCCAGCAGCGGCGGGGGGGUGGAGAAGAGGCGUGAGGGCAGAUUGCCUUCGAGGGCUCGUCUGUUUCAGCGGCAGGGAGUGGGUGCUGGCGGCCAGCUGGCCAGUCCAAAGGGCAAGCACGCGGUGUCCCCGGGCUGGGGAAAGGUCAGCCACGCUCUAUGCGCCAGGCUGGGAUUAGAGGCCGCCUCUUGGGGCCGGGUUCCAGCCUCUGGGGCGCAAAGGGACAGGGGGAGCUUUGCUGCCUGGCAGGGCACCUGUGGCAUCAAGAGGAGACGAACGAGGCAGAGGCUGGGAUCAGGACAGGCUGAGGGGGGCUCCCUGAUCUUAGGUGUAAUGGUGUAACUUCUGCCCUGACCCCCGUGCUCCUGUCCCCUUCCCCAGCCCAGAGUCAACGUGACUCUGUAUGACCGGGUCAAGCAUCCCUAAAAGGGCUGGGAAGGCACAUUGGUGGGGGGGGCAUCUCCUGGGGGGAAUGGGUGUUACAUGCAGAAGGGGCUCUUACAACCCCUUGCCUGGGCACUGGGAUUACAGCUCCAGCUUCUGGAGUCAGGGGCUGAGAGUUUGGCUUUAAAAUAAAAAAGACAGAGAGAAAACAUAUUGCUAGUCCUCAAGGAUGCAAAGAAAAAGUUUGAAAAUGUGACCUGGGGUUGGGGGUAUCACCACUGCCUGCCUGAGUCUGCAGAGAGCCUAAAACAACAGCGCCAAGAGGGGUGAAAUUGGCCCAUUCAUCUUAACGCUGACAGCUGCCGUCACCCCGUGGAGGGGCAGGGCCGUGGCCCGCAGGUGGGACGAUGGGGCACAAGGUGGAUUGAGUCCAGUGCCCCAUAUUGCCUUGGUUCGGCUACGGUGGCUGUUGGGCUGUCAGUACUCACAGCCAUGGCCCCUGGGCUGUGGGGGUGGGGUGGAUGGGGCCGGAGCCACUGCUCUGGGGUAGCCCUUAGCCAGCAGCAAUGGCAGCCACGUGGCUAUCUGCGCCCCUAGAGCACAAGCCAUUGGCGGCUUUGCCAGUGGGCUACUGCAGCUGUGGGCACUCGGCCCUGCUUGGGCCCAGGGAUCAUGACAUUGCAGCGGGGGGAUCAGGGUCCCGCUGUCCAGGCGCUGACAGGCUGCUGUCUGCUUAGUCACAUCAGGGUGGUGGUGGGAGGGGGGAAUAGCUGAACAUCCCCCCCCCCCCACCAAACAUGGGAGCAGGCGGGACGUAAUGAGGCCCCACAGCCAGCGUUGCCUUCAGGCAGGGCACAGAGCUCGUCUAUCCUGGGAGUGGAAAAAUCAGCGGGUGGGCCGAGCCCGCGGUGCAUUGCGACCCCAAUCACAGCGGCAACAGCUGCUCUGCCCUGUCCCCGCUUUCCCAAGCUCCCCCUACUGCACCCCAGCAUGGACAGACCCUGCACCCCCCCGCCCGCGCUGGGUUAGCUGUUCGAGCCCACAGUGCCCCAGUUCAGCUGUGAUCUGCGAGGGGAGGGCUGAACCCCCCCCCCCACUAAUCACAUAGGCCUCUGUGUUGGUAGGGGGUCAGGAAUGCAACCGGGCAUGGGGCAGCGCGCACAGCGGCUAAGCCAGAGUCCUCGCUGUUUCGGGCCAGCUGCUCCCAGGGUCAGGUGCGGUUGUUAACUGCGUGCCAGGCGUUCCUAGCUAAUCCCAGCGGUUCUGAUGGGCCCCUCCCCGAGGCAGCAGCGUGUCAGGUGCUGGGAAGGAGGCCAACUCCAUUCACCAACCUCGCUGGAGGGCGGGGGCCCAGCGGGGCCAUUAGCCGGCCUGCGGCUAAGCGAGGGACCGGACGGCCUGUAUGACAAGAGGCACAGUUGUGGGUGCCCUCGGAAGUUCAUAUGUACUUAGUGAAAAACGCAGGGUCAGUCAGACCCCUUGGUUUUAACGUUUAUUUUUACGCAAUUAAAAAAUAAAGCCCUAUUUAUGUGUUUGCUCUGUCUAAGAAUAUUCAAGCAUUUAAAACAUUCAGAGUCAGAAAUGUAAAAGACUAGAGCAUAAUGUGAAAGUGCCGUGUAAUGCCAAAACUGGUCAUAAACGAAAGUUGCUGCCUUCCUGGCGAAUGGUGUCUGAAUUCUGCCACAAAGACAGCCCGGGUCAGUCUUGAAGUCAAAUCACUUUCCUGUACAGGCGAAUUAGGUUUCUCUCUGUCCUGGGUCAUGCUUGUCCUUUGGUGUGCAAAGGAAUUCUCACACCUUGCAGACGCUGCUCCAAACAAGACCCCCGUAGACAUUUUGUGGGCACAGAGCUCCGUCCUGGAUGUCAGAUGCUCCAGGCCAGUGUGGCAGCACCACACCCCUGCUCAGAUUUGGGUGGUCUGGAUGCUAAGUGGGUGGGCCGUGGCUCCGCCCCUGCCUGAAGGACAGCCAUUUCCAUUUUCACCUGCUCAAUCUCUAAUCCAAGCAAGCCAGUCAAAGCACACAGAGAUUCCAGUCUCAGGGAGUCUGGAGCGCCGGUGGAGUGGAAUACAUUGCCGACAAGGUUUUGUGUGUCAGGUAUUUGCUUGUUUAAUUUCUCUUAUCAAGGCAUUUUGUACACUGCCUGACAUAAGACUGGCGCCAUCAAAGCAAGAACAUCAAGUGUUUUUCGGGUCACGACCCAGUUCAUGGAGGUCUUUCAAAAUGUGUUGUGUAAUAGCUUCAGCAGUGAGGCCAUGCACUUGGGCUACUCCACGAAGGGCUUUGCCACCCACAGAGUAGCAUCAAACAGUGGAUGCAUUUUCUACAUUCACAGCAUCCCUUGUCGUGUCAUAUUUUAAGCAGAACAACUUGACAUAACUGUCAAGGUUUUUAAAUACUACCUGUUUCUUUCCACUUGUGAGGGUGACACCAAAGCAGCCAUUGUGGCACCUGAAAAAGGAAGUUGUGAUCAAAUAAAUAUAAAAAUCAAAUUCAUAAUUGUGGAAUGUUCCCGAGCAAAUGAACACACUGAAAUAAUAAACUCGGGGCAUUUUUUGUAUGCUGGAUCUUACAAUCAAGUUGUGGAGCUUUCCUCAAGCACGAAGAUUGAACGUUUGUAGGUGCUGAUGAAGGGCCAGUUUUCAAAAGGCUGGUUUGGUGUUUUGUCCUCUGGGCCUGGUGAUUCAUAGUUAAAAAUUCCUCCUUUCUUAGUUAGGGUUUUCUUUUCACUUUCAAGUUGUUUCAGUGUUUUCCCAGUAACUUUAGUGGUUCCCCAGUGUCUGUUCCUAGGUUGUACAAUGCUACUUGGAGCUAGACGUUGCCUGUUGGGGACCCAGUCCCUCCCCGUCCCUGAUUGCUUCUCCUCCCUGUCCUAGUGGAGCUUAGCCGCACAAAUUAUGAGCAGUUGUAUAUACACAACUACAUCAAUUCAUAACCACAGUUUGUAGCCAGAGCUUAUAAUGACCCUCAGGUUUAGAACAGUCCAAGCUUUCAUAAGAAAUCCUGCUCAACA